AUUGGCCGCUCGUCGGUGGAAGAGGCGGGCCUAACAGGGCGGUGCCCGGGCUGCUUGAGGAGGAGGAAGAUGGCGCCGUGAGGGGGGUCCGAGCCGCAGCCGCCUCCUCUUUCUAGCCGAUCCAGAGGACAGUAUGGCUGCCACUGCUGCUGUAAGCCCCAGUGAAUACUUACAACCUGCUGCUUCAACAGCUCAGGAUUCUCAGCCUUCUCCACUCGCCCUCCUUGCUGCCACAUGCAGCAAAAUUGGUCCUCCAGCUGUUGAAGCAGCCGUGGCCUCUCCUGUUCCUCCCCAGCCUGCCCCUCGGAAAUUGGUCCCCAUCAAGCCUGCUCCACUCCCACUUAAUUCCAACAAGAACAACAUUGGGAUCUUGUCUUCAAAAGGGAACCUCUUCCAGAUCCAGGGCUCUCAGCUUGGGACCUCGUAUCCUGGGGGGCAGUUGGUGUUUACCAUCCAGAACCCAGCUAUAAUCAACAAAGGGGCCCGCUCCCCUGCCAACAUCCAGUACCAGGCAGUUCCACAGAUACAAACAACAUCAGGACAGACCAUUCAAGUGCAACAGAACUUGGGCAACCAAAUACAGAUUAUUCCCAGCUCCAUCCCCCCUUCCUCCUCCUCCUCUUCGUCGUCAUCAUCCUCCUCUUCUUCAGCUCAUAAGCCUGUGCCGAUCAAGCCAGCGCCAGCUCACAAGACCCCAGCCACGGCUGUCCAUAGCCCCACCAAUGUGGUCAAGUUAACUGGCACCAGUGGAAAUGUCACCCUUACUCUGCCAGUGAGCAAUCUGGUCACUGCUGGAGACACCAGUACUCAAACUCAGAUAGUCCCAGACAGUCCAUCAAAGCCAAACAAAAAGGCCCGGAAGAAGGCAGUGUCACCAGCCCAGACCACUGCGAUGGCUGUGACCGAACAGGUGGAGACAGUUUUGAUAGAAACCACAGCUGACAAUAUCAUCCAGGCAGGGAACAACCUCUUGAUUGUGCAGAGCCCUGGGUCGGGCCAGCCAGCAGUGGUCCAGCAGGUACAAGUGGUCCAACCCAAGCAAGAACAACAGGUUGUUCAGAUCCCCCAGCAAGCUCUGCGGGUAGUCCAGGCGGCCUCAGCCACACUCCCAACUGUUCCCCAGAAGUCCCCACAAAAUUUCCAGAUCCAGACAUCUGAGCCGAUCCCCACUCAGAUCUAUUUCAAGACUCCUUCUGGUGAGCUGCAAACAAUGCUGCUCCAAGAAGCUCCUGGCGUUAAUGUGGCCCCUUCUGCCACUGCUUCCUCAACCACUUCCUGCAGCAGUCCUGCCCCUCGCAGUUCCCAAACAGGAGGCAGUACCAAAAAGACAGGGGCUCGCAAAGAGCGUGCCCUGCCAAAGAUUGCCCCUGCUGGGGGCAUCAUCAGCCUCAAUGCUGCUCAACUGGCUGCUGCUGCUCAGGCCAUGCAGACCAUCAGCAUCAACGGAGUUCAAGUUCAAGGCGUUCCUGUAACUAUCACCAACACCGGAGGCCAGCAACAGCUGACAGUGCAAAACGUCUCAGGCAACAACCUGACUAUAAGCGGUCUGAGCCCUACCCAAAUCCAGCUGCAGAUGGAGCAGGCACUCUUGGGAGAUCUGCAGCCUGGAGAGAAGAGACGGCGGAUGGCUUGCACCUGUCCCAAUUGCAAGGAUGGGGAGAAAAGGUUGGGAGAUCAGGGUAAGAAGAGGCACAUCUGCCAUGUUCCUGAAUGUGGGAAGACUUUCCGCAAGACCUCUCUGCUGCGGGCUCAUGUGCGCCUGCACACAGGCGAGCGCCCUUUUGUGUGCAACUGGGUUUAUUGUGGGAAACGGUUCACACGCAGUGAUGAGCUGCAACGGCACGCCCGGACACAUACAGGUGACAAGCGUUUCGAGUGUGCCCAGUGCCAAAAGCGCUUUAUUAGAAGUGAUCAUCUGACGAAGCACUAUAAAACCCACCUGGUCACCAAGAACUUGUAGGGCUAGAUGCAACCAGGAAAAGUGGAGAGCAGUAGGGGUGUUAGUAACCCCUUGCCAUGGGAGAUGGUCUCUCCAACGACAGCAAAAUGCCUAAGAAACACUCCUCGUUGGGACAUUGGCUUUCCCAGACACAUCUGCACAAGGAGAGUGUUAAUGGUCACUGUUCCUUUCCUCAGAUGGCCUCCACCUUCUGGUUACAUGCCUUUGGAACUUCUUUGAAGGUUCAUCAGAUGCUGCGUCUUCAGCCUGGGAUAAAGAAGACUGGUGGCUAAAAUCAGCACAAAGCCCAGCAGUGAGCAGGGGAAAGGAUGGGAAAAUAGCUAAGCAAAGCCCAUCCACCUACUGAUCUCAGGAGCUUGCAAAGCGAACACUCUGCUCCGCUGCACCCAAAGGUCUCCUUGUGUGUUUGAUAGUAGCACCAGCGAAACUGUAAAUUCCACUUAUAAUCUUGGUUUCUCUUCCCAUCCAUCCCCAUGUGCUUGUGAAGCUUUUGAACGGGGGACCAGGAAACAACCUGAAAUAGGAUUCUCUGUCCUCCAAGCACAUUCCUACUUUAUAUUUAAAAUUAUAAAUAUCUAUAAAUAUAUAUCUAUAUAUUAAAAAAAUCCUUAAGCAGCCCAUUUUUUUCUACAGAGAAUGUUGCCUUACAUUUUUCCCCCAGGUUCAAAUUAUGUAUUGUGAGCAUUUUUUAAAAAAAUUAAAGAACCCUUGCCUCAUAUGGCACAACCCAAUGUCCCUUUGCUAAUGUGAGACCUUGUUCCCAGACAGUGCCAUUAUCAGGUUUGUGUACUUACAUGCUUUGUGUACGCCCAGGGCUUUUUAGGGUAUAUAUGGCAACAGCACUUUGUUCAGGAGAGUGGUGAAUGUGCAUUUGUGAACAGCAGCCCUUGUGCAUAGUUACAUGAACUGCUGAAUCAUAGCUAAGGGCCCUCAGCAAGACAGCCACAGAUGAAACAGAAAGAUGUACAUGUAGUAUAUGCAAGUUGUAUAUAACUAUGGAGUUAAUGUGCAGUUUUGCCCUUCUUGGUUCAGCAGCUUUCUGCGCACAUUGUGAUGCAACUCCAAGUGCAAAACUAUGUAGAAUGCUUUCACUGAAUUGGGGCAAUAGGCCAUAAUGCAGUUCAGGGUUGCACUUAUCAGACCCUGGUAAAAGUCAGUUGAUAGUGUGUGUGCUAAAAUGCAAGCAUUCUUCCUACUCCCCCCCAAAAUGGAGUUCUCUCGCUCACUCUCUCCCACCCCCUUUUUUGUUCUAUUGGAUUUUUUUCUAAGCAAACAGGGUUCUUUCCUCCUCUCCUCCUUCCCCUUCAAAAUACUCGUCAUCACCCCCUUCUGUGUAUUAUAGUGUAUAUUGUAUCAUAGACUAUAUAUUGAGUUAUGUGUUUCCUAUAUGUUUCAAAAACAUAAGGCUUGUUAUUUUUGAGCUUCUAAAUUAAAAAAUCCACUUUAUUUUUUA